AUGAGGUUAAAAGACGCCCCAAAACUGGAACCUCAGGUUCCCAAAUCCUGUCUACUCCUGUCACUGAAUGAUGAUGUGAUACUGAAACUAGCAACACCCAGAGACAUUUCCCUCCCAGUCAUAAAGGAAGCCAGCAGCAGAGCCAGAAAUAAUAUUCAAAUUCUGGAUCCACUAGACCACAUCGCCUGUCUGACAAAUUACGCGCUUACUUCCUGCUUCAGUUCUAAUAAGGUACCCACAAUGCUGGGUUCUCUGCCCACUGGGAGCAAACAAGGGAACGUGCAGACGCUGGACAGCAUACGAUGGAUGUCUGCAACUCUUGUACACCCCGAACACCGCCAGAAAUAUGCCGUCUCUACUGAAACAGCUUUUCCAACCCUGAGCACCUUUGUGGACACGGAAAAGAGUGUAAAGGGGUCAGAUGCAGACUUUACAAAAAGAAACCCUAGAUGGAGAUUCAUGUUCGGUUAUAUACUGCAGGAAGGGUUCAUAACAACAUAG